AUGGUUAAGUUCUUGAAGCAGAACAAGGCAGUGAUCCUCCUUCAAGGUCGCUAUGCCGGUAAGAAGGCCGUGAUCAUCCGCUCGUUCGACGACGGUAACCGUGAGCGUCCUUACGGUCACUGUCUCGUCGCCGGAAUCAAAAAGUAUCCGAGCAAAGUCAUCCGCAAGGACUCAGCAAAGAAGACGGCGAAGAAAUCGAGGGUUAAGUGUUUCAUCAAGCUCGUUAAUUACCAGCAUUUGAUGCCGACUCGUUACACACUGGACGUAGAUCUGAAGGAAGUUGCGACUCUCGAUGCUCUCCAGUCCAAGGACAAGAAGGUCGCUGCUCUUAAGGAAGCUAAAGCUAAGCUCGAGGAGCGUUUCAAGACCGGAAAGAACAGGUGGUUCUUCACCAAGCUCAGGUUCUGA